ACCUCCUCUUCUCUUACUCUCACUCACACUGAACUCUCAAUUUCCGGUGGCUCUCCGGCGAUUCCUCUAUUACUCUCUUUCAAAAGCUUCAAUUUGGUCACCGUAAUUGCUAGAUCUGAAUUCACCUCCUUGUUGAAAAUAGGUUAUUCUUUUUUUGCAUUUGGGUGCUCCAAAUAUAAGAAUUUAGGGUUUCCUAAUGAAUCUUUUUGCUGUUGGAUUUCUCAUAAGAUGAGAAAAGAGCAAGAAGAACCGAGCAGCAGCGGGUUUCAUAAUUUACAGCCACAUCGAGACCUCGAAUCGAAUUGGGGGGUUGACGUGGCCAAAAAUUUAGAAGACUAUUUGCUUAAAAUCUGUUCUGGUGAAAUUGCUGAUGAUGCUCAUUGCCUUUCUGUCAAUUUUGCUGAAGCUGCAUUGCUUCUUCAGGGAUCAGUUCAGGUUUACAGCAGGAAGGUUGAAUACCUAUAUUCAUUGGUAUUACAUGCCUUGGAGUUCAUUACACAGAAAAGCGAGCAGGACCACCCAGAAAGUGCAUCAUCACAGGCAGAGGAAAAUGCUAAUGAUGAAGAGAAUGAUCCAUUCUGGGUCUCAGAAGAAAUCCCUGUGGAAGCAAAGAACAUGCUCGAUAGUGCCCAUAGGGAUUCUUCACUGACCCAGUUAGUGAAAGCCCCUGCAAAUCUGGUUGUCCGUGAAGGUGAUUGUCUGGACUCUACUGGAGAUUCAGGAGAACUAGAGUCUUACUUGCUAGCCACUUGUGAUCUUUACCAAGAUUUUAUUCUGUUGGACUCCUGUGAUGCUGUAGCAGUAGAUUUUUUGAACAACGAUGAUAUUGCGGGGAAGGGGCUAAACAAUAGCUGCAGGGGUGGCUCUGUAGGUUCCAAACAUCGAAAGAGCUUUCUCUCUCCCACUAGAGUUACUGAGGGCACCGCCAACAAGUUUUCAGCUCAAAAGAGCCACGAUGCUAAUUUUUGUAUGUCACCAAGGGUUGAGCCUGAGUUUGGUCCUGCAAGUUAUAAUGGUGAUCGUGACAUGCCUGAUAAUUACGAAAAUGGUAAUUGUGAUAUGCCUGAUAAUUACGAGGAUGGACAUGGAGGUGACGAUGGAUACCCAGAACCUAGAGGUUCAGAUAACUCUGACGAUGAAGACUCAUGGAAACCCUUGAAUCCCCAUGAACCUGGCAAUUUGAAAGUAAAACCUUACAGAAAAGUUAAUUUUAAUAAAAGGCAGGGUGUGGAUUCCAGAAAACGUGCAUCUUUGGCUACAGAGUUUACACUUGCAAGAUUACAUGGUACCAUCAGUUCAGAUCUAAAUGAUAUAUGGGAGAAAAAUUAUUGUGCCAUGAAAAAGCAGGGAGACUCACAAUCUCCUCCUUAUGAGAAGCUGCGAGAAUCACUUAUUAGGGGGGUGAACGAAGAUUAUGAUGACCUGUUUAGUUCUAAGGAAAACAAUGAAGAAAAUGAAUAUGAUAGUGGAGAUCAUGAUUUUGGGCAACCUGAUUAUGACGUACCAGAAUUGGCAGAUGCGAAUGAGGAUGUAACUCAACACGGUGAAAAGCAAAAAGAUUAUGGUUCACCCUUUGACAGUGGUGCUCAUGAAUAUCCCGAUGCUCAUGCAAACCUUGAAGAUCUUUGUCGCUCCCACUUAGAUGCUCUUCUAGAUAACCUUGCUGAAACUGAAAAGCAGAGUGAACUGGCUGCUCGAGUUUCAACAUGGAGCAGGAGAAUUGAGCAGAACUUGGAGGAACAAGACUCACAUCCACCCUUUGAUAUUGCUGAAUAUGGGGCUCGGGUUUUGCGCAAGUUAUCGCUGGAAGGGAAUAGUACAAACUCAAUGUCCUUUUCUGAUGUUGUCAUGGGCCAAAAGAAGCAUGAGGUUGCUCGAACAUUUUCUGCACUUCUGCAAUUGGUAAAUAAUGGUGAUGUUGAUUUGGAAAAGGGUAGAACAAAUGAGUUCACUUGUUACACAGCUGUGAAUCCCUUCUAUGUUCGACUCCUUAGGCGUGAUAAUAGGGCGAAGAUGCAGCUUCAGUCUCCGAAAGAGAGAGCAAACUCUUCCAUUUCCAAUCGGAACAUUAGAAAGCGAAAGAACAAAGGUAAAGAAAACCAAGCACCCUUUGGCUCAUCGCCUUCAGCACCCAAUUCAUCUUGCAGAUUUGCACUGAAGUUUGGAAAGGUUAGCGGAACUAGGUGCACGCCUGAGAGCAAAAAAAGAAGGAAGUCCAGAAUAGUGGAACCAGUUGAAUUGCAUACUGCAUUGUGAUGUAUAUCCUCUACUGUCAUGUAUGCCAAUCUUCUCUCUCUCACAAGAUGUACUUGUAAUGAUAAAUGAUAACCAAUUUUUUCCCCAGAAAACUAAUAACCAAUUGGCUGCUGAAAUUUUGUACUA